CUGAAGUACCGCUGUGCUGUUUAUUUCCGGUGAAAGGCGGAAGUAGCAUCAAGGGGCUUGUGGAGGGUCUAAACUUCGUCAUGGGAGCUCACCUGGCCAGACGGUACGUCACCGAGACGGACACCGAGCCGGACCCGGCGAGGAAAUACGAGUUCGACCCCCAGACAGGGUUCAGUGAGAGGAGCGAGAGAGAGAUGGUAGCAACCCAGGAGCAGAUGAACUUGGCCCAGCUGCCUUUGGAGCAGAGGGACUACUGUGCUCAGUACCUCCUGAAACUCAUGAAGUGCAAGAGGGACAACUGGCCUAACUUCCUGGCUUGCAAGCAUGAGAGACACGACUGGGACUACUGCGAACACCAGGACUAUGUGAUGCGUAUGAAGGAGUACGAGAGAGAGAGGAGGCUCCAGCUGAGGAAAAAGAGAAUUGAGGCCCAGGCUGAAGCUGCAUGAUCAGUGUAUCCUCUGAUACUACUUAUUCUCUGUAUAUAUGUGCUGCAGUUCACAAUAAAACAUUGUUGUUUAAGCUCUACAAA